CAACCAGAGAUGGACCUAAGCAAUUCAACACAGAUUCCAUUUGACAGAGGGCUUGUUCUCUGCUUUGAGUCGAUCAACAACUCCUGCGUGAGAUAUAUCUACCCAUCUGAGGUCCAAAUUUUGCUCUACUUGUUCUUCAGUGCCAUAGCGUUCAUCACAGUAUGUGGGAACCUGCUGGUCAUCAUAGCCAUCCUUCAUUUCAAGCAGCUUCACACACCGACUAACUACCUCAUCUUGUCUCUGGCUGUGGCCGAUCUGCUAAUCGGAGGAGUUGUGAUGCCUCCCAGCAUGCUGCGCUCCAUCCAGACCUGCUGGUAUCUGGGAGAUUUGUUCUGUAAAAUACACAGCAGCGUUGAUAUUAUGCUAUGCAUCACAUCUCUUUUGCACAUAUCCUUUAUUUCUAUUGAUCGCUAUUAUGCUGUGUGUCACCCUCUCCAAUAUCGAAGUAAAAUCACACCGCCUGUUUCCUUCACGAUGAUUUCUCUAAGCUGGGGUCUAGCAGCCUUUGUUGGAUUUUCUAUGGUGUGUCUACAACUCAAUAUUUUGGGUUCGGAAGAGUUUUACUUUGAUAAUGUAGCUUGUAAUGGAGCUUGCAUCAUAUUUCAAACCCCUGCAGCAAGUAUUAUGUCUUCAUUUCUUGCUUUCGGCCUUCCUGCAGUAAUCGCUGUCAGUAUUUAUCUAAAGAUUCUCUUUGUUGCACGAAGGCAGUCCAAAUCUAUACAAAAUGUCAGCAAUAAAAACAGCUUAUCUGUGAACAAAAGUGAGAGGAAGGCCACCAAAACACUGGCUAUCAUAAUGGGGGUGUUUUUUAUCAGCAUCUCGCCCUUUUUCUACUGCAAUUUAGUGGAUCCGUUCAUCAAUUACACAAUAUCACCGGCUGUAUUUGAUGUGCUUUUGUGGAUUGGGUAUUUUAAUUCUCUGUGCAACCCUUUUGUGUAUGCAUUCUUUUAUAGGUGGUUUAGAAAAGCCCUAAGAAUCAUUCUUUUGGCCAAAAUAUUUCAUGUGAAUUCUUCACAGCUUGACUUGAUGGGACGGCAUGAGUAG